AUGAUUUGUAAUAAGACCGCUGAUAUUGCAAAUGGACAUGCUGUGUUGGAUAAUAAGAGUAACAGAAAGGUAGGUGCAACUGCAACUGUCGUCUGCGAGUACGGUUAUACAACAAAGAAAGAGUCAAUUAUGUGCUUCAAGAGUGGAGAAUGGGAAAUUGCAAGCUGCUCCAGAAUAGUUUGUGAGAAAACCGUUGAUAUCGCAAAUGGACGUGCUGUGUUAGAUGAAAGCAAUAACAUAGAGUUAGGUGCAACUGCAACUGUCACCUGCGAUGAAGGUUAUAAAACAAAAAAUAAGUCAAUUAUGUGCCUCGAAAGCGGAGAAUGGGAAAUAUCCAACUGUUCCAAGAUUAAUAAUAAGGUUCUUGAUUGUGAUUUCGAAAUCCUUGAUGAUAAGUCAUGUAAGUAUGAAACAAUUGGCAAAGCAAGGUACGCAUGGACUCGGAACAAUGGACAAACAAACACGUGGUACACUGGACCUACUGCUGAUCAUACAAGAGGAAAAUACUGGGGCCAUUACCUGUACCUCGAAUCUAACGCACCUGCGGACUAUCAAGACAUCGCGAAGCUACGUUUUGAUCCCAUUACCGGGAGCGAAGAUUACUGUUUUACUUUAUGGUACCACAUGUAUGGUUCUCAUAUAGAUUAUAUGUCCAUAAGUCUCGAGGACACAGUCACUAACGGUAUGACAGAGAUAAUUCGUGUAUCUGGUGAUCAGGGUAACAAGUGGCACCCAGCUGGGUUCAAAAUCACAGCGGAUAAUGUUCCAAAUGACUUCAUGAUCGUGAUUGAAGCUCAACGAGGUCAAGGAGUCAAGUCCGAUUAUGCAAUAGAUGAUCUGAUUGUUUCAAAAGGGUCGUGUGCAGAUUGCGGUUUUGUACCGGGAGUUGCAAAUGGAAAAGUCAGACUUGUUGAUCCUAGCAAUUCGGAGGCAGGAGCCGAAGCCACAGUCAGCUGUAAACUUGGGUACAGGGCGGAAACAGAAAGAAUAAAAUGCCUUAUUAAUGGUGAAUGGGAGACACCGGUGUGUUCUGUAAACGAUUGCGGACAGGUACCUAUUGUUGAAAACGGGAAUAUCGUCUUGGAUGAUCCUAGCAGUACCACUGUCGGGGCCACUGCGUCCGUAAGCUGUAACUAUGGAUACGAACCUCGAGCUAAGUCAAUAAGGUGUCUGCGUAAAGGUCUAUGGGAGGAGCCAAAUUGCAAGAAAACAGGCUAG